AUGUACAGGAGAGUGAAAUGCCUCGCUACAGCCUCCUUUCAACCUCUCUCUCCCACACCCAUUCGCUCACUCGUCCUUUCUCGUUUUCGCUUUCCUCCACGUCUCUACUUGACACGCAUCCGAAUGACCCUCGGGCAUGUGGUGGCGGGCUCGACCGAACUCGGCCACUCUCGCCACACCCACACAACGCAUGCACAAGACGGACAUGACAGCCGUGGCCAUCUACCGUCAGUGGGACUGACAACACACACUGUCCUGCCCGACUUGAAGUUGCUUUAG